AUGGCCUCCCCAGCGCCGGCCCCGCCCGCCACCGCCGCGGCGCAGUCCCCUCCGCCCCGCAUCGGCCUCGCCGGGCUCGCCACCAUGGGCCAGAACCUGGCGCUCAACAUCGCCGAGAAAGGGUUCCCGAUCUCCGUCUACAACCGCACCGCCGCCAAGGUCGACUCCACGCUCUCCCGCGCCGCCGCCGAGGGCGCGCUCCCGGUGCUCGGCCACCGGGACCCGCGCGACUUCGUGCUCUCCCUCGCCAGGCCCCGCACCGUGGUGCUCCUCGUCCAGGCCGGCCCCGCCGUCGACGCCACCAUCGAUGCCCUCUCCCCCUACCUCGACGCGGGGGACGCGAUCGUCGACGGCGGCAACGAGUGGUACCAGAACACUGAGCGCCGCAUCGAGCAGGCAUCCUCCCGCGGGAUACUCUACCUCGGGAUGGGCGUCUCCGGCGGCGAGGAAGGCGCGCGGAACGGGCCCUCGCUCAUGCCCGGCGGCCACGUCGACGCCUACAAUAACAUCAAGGACAUCCUCGAGAAGGCCGCCGCGCAGACGGAGGACGGACCGUGUGUCACGUUCGUCGGGCCCGGCGGCGCGGGCAACUUCGUCAAGAUGGUGCACAACGGGAUUGAGUAUGGUGAUAUGCAGCUCAUCGCCGAAGCCUAUGAUGUGCUCCACCGUGUUGGCGGGCUCACAAACUCGGAGAUUGCUGAUGUGUUUGCUGAGUGGAACCAGGGGGAGCUCGAGAGUUUCUUGGUUGAGAUCACUGCGGAUAUAUUCACGGUGGCUGACCCGUUGGAUGGGAGUGGCGGUGGGGCGCUGGUUGACAAGAUUCUCGACAAGACCGGGAUGAAGGGGACUGGGAAGUGGACAGUGCAGCAGGCGGCGGAGCUUGCUGUGGCUGCGCCCACGAUUGCAGCAUCCCUGGACGGGAGGUACUUGUCGGGGCUUAAGGAUGAGCGUGUGGCCGCUGCAAGUGUGCUGGAGGAGGAAGGGAUGCCAGCUGGGCUUCUGGAGAAGAUUAAUGUUGAUAAGAAGAUGCUGGUAGACAGGGUGAGGCAGGCCCUUUAUGCGUCAAAGAUUUGCAGCUAUGCUCAGGGGAUGAAUUUGUUGAGAGCCAAGAGUGUGGAGAAGGGGUGGAAUCUUAACCUUGCAGAACUCUCAAGGAUUUGGAAGGGCGGAUGCAUUAUCCGGGCAAGGUUUCUUGAUAGGAUCAAGAAGGCUUAUGAUAGGAACUCUGAGCUGGCCAAUUUGAUCGUGGACAGGGAGUUUGCAAGGGAGAUGGUACAGCGGCAGAGUGCAUGGCGGUGGGUCGUGGCACGGGCAGUGGAAGCUGGGAUUAGCACUCCAGGGAUGUCUGCUAGUCUUUCAUACUUCGAUACCUACAGGUGUAACCGGUUGCCUGCAAAUCUUAUCCAAGCACAGAGGGACUUGUUUGGGGCACACACCUAUGAGCGCAUUGAUCGUCCUGGUUCUUUCCACACAGAGUGGACCAAGUUGGCAAGGAAGAGCAAUUGAUCAACGGUGCAGCCGCCUGAGGAUUGUAUGGUACCAGAGGUGGUCUUUUGACUCUGGGCGAUGUCGCUUUGUGGGUUCACUUUGAUUGUCUACUGUUGUUUUUAUAAUGCUAGGUCUGAAUCCUGUACCUCGAAUAAUGUAUUGUCUUGUGCGAUAUGCACAUGAAGAACAUCCAUGUAGCUUCAGUUUUACUCUGGUUUAGAUACACUCAGUUUGAUUCACCCAUGAAUUUGGAAUGCAAUGGUUUUAAUGCCCAAUGAA